UCCAUGCAGGAGCAGGAGGGGUUUGGGAGUUAACUGCAUGCAGGAAAUCUCUCACAUCCUGCGUCCCAGCUCGCUCCUCUCUGUAACUGUAGAUUAUGGUGCUAUUCUCCAGACCUAGCUGAUGAAAGUUUGUCUCUUUCAGCCUGGGCUAAGAUGUCAAAGCGUCUCCAUGCAGAGCAGCGGCGCUUCCCUCCUCCUCACCCCCCAGCCCAGAUAGUCAUGCUGCUGCUGAGCCUAAACUGGCUCUUUAUAGCAUCAUCCAGGGCGCAAGGAGAGAAUGCAGACAGUAAAUUGGAAUCCUCCAGGCAACAGAUGUCAAAGAACCAGUCAGAACAUUAUGAGAUAAUAAUUCCCUACAUUUUGAAUGGAGAACAAUGGAAACCAAUAAAUAGCAUUGAUUCAAAGAGUCACCCAGCACUGAUGAAGUUUCUAAUACAAACUGAAAGUAAGCGACUAGUCAUCAGUCUGGAGAGAAAUGAAGGCCUCUUAGCUGAUAGCUUCACAGAAACACACUAUAUGAAAGAUGGCACUGAUGUCAUUCUCACACGCAAUUACACGGGUCACUGCUAUUACCAUGGUACUGUGCAAGGGUAUCCUGAUUCUGCAGUCAGUCUCAGUACCUGCUCUGGACUCAGGGGACUUAUUUUAUUUGAAAAUAAAACCUACAUUCUGGAGCCAUUGGAAAAUGCUACAAGUGAACACAAGAUCUACCAAGCCGAGAACCUGAAAAUAGCCUCCGGAUCUUGUGGCAACCAAUUCAACGUCUCUGGCAUCACUAUUGAUGACACACCACAGUCUUCUCAAGCAUUCACCAGCAGGCACAAGAGGGAGACUCUGAAGAUAACAAAAUAUGUGGAGCUUGUUAUUGUUGCAGAUAAUCGAGAGUUUCAGAGACAGGGAAAGGAUGUGGAAAAAGUUAAGCAGAGGCUGAUAGAAAUUGCAAACUAUGUCGAUAAGUUCUACAGGCCAUUAAAUAUUCGAGUAGCCCUGGUUGGAGUGGAGGUGUGGAAUGACAUGGAUAAGUGCUCUAUAACACAAGACCCCUUCACCAGCCUCCAUGAGUUUCUGGAUUGGAGAAAGCUGAAACUACUACCUCGUAAACCCCAUGACAAUGCACAACUAGUGAGUGGGGUGUACUUCCAAGGGACUACCAUCGGCAUGGCACCUAUAAUGAGCAUGUGCACUGCAGAGCAGUCUGGAGGAGUUGUUAUGGAUCAUUCAGACAGCCCUCUUGGUGCAGCCGUAACCCUGGCUCAUGAGCUGGGCCACAACUUUGGGAUGAAUCAUGAUACCCUGGAGAGGGGCUGUACCUGCAAAGCAUCUACUGAUAAAGGUGGCUGUAUCAUGAACCCCUCUACUGGCUAUCCAUUUCCCAUGGUGUUCAGCAGCUGCAGUAAAAAGGACCUGGAAAACAGCCUGGAAAAAGGAGUGGGGAUGUGUCUCUUUAACCUGCCUGAAGUUAAGGAAUCAUUUGGUGGACAGAAGUGUGGGAAUGGCUAUGUGGAAGAUGGAGAGGAGUGUGACUGUGGGGAACCCGACGAAUGUACAAAUCGUUGCUGUAAUGCUACUAGCUGCACUUUGAAAGCAGAAGCAGUGUGUGCCCAUGGACUUUGCUGUAAAGACUGCAAGUUGAAGCCAGCAGGGAUUUCUUGCAGAGACUCAAGUAAUUCCUGUGAUCUUCCGGAGUUCUGCACUGGAGCCAAUCCUCACUGCCCAGCUAAUGUAUAUUUACACGAUGGACAUCCAUGCUACAGAGUAGAUGGGUAUUGUUAUAAUGGCAUAUGUCAGACUCAUGAACAACAAUGUGUCACACUCUGGGGACAAGGUGCUAAACCCGCCCCUGGGAUCUGCUUUGAGAGAGUUAAUUCUGCAGGUGAUCCUUAUGGCAACUGUGGCAAAGACGCCAAAAGUUCCUUUGCUAAAUGUGAACCCAGAGAUGCUAAAUGUGGAAAAAUUCAGUGUCAAGGGGGAGCAAAUCGACCUGUAAUUGGUACCAAUGCUGUUUCCAUAGAAACAAAUAUCCCGCUGCAGGAAGGAGGCAAGAUUCUGUGUCGUGGUACCCAUGUGUACUUGGGAGAUGAUAUGCCUGAUCCUGGUCUCGUUUUGGCAGGCACAAAAUGUGAAGAUGAAAAAAUCUGUCUUAACCGCCGGUGCCAAAAUACUAGUAUAUUUGGUGUUCAUGAAUGUGCAACAAAAUGCCAUGGACGUGGAGUCUGUAACAAUAAAAAAAAUUGUCACUGCGAAGCUGACUGGGCCCCUCCCCAUUGUGACAAGCCAGGGUUUGGCGGCAGCAUGGACAGUGGACCAACCAGACAAGCAGAUAAUAGAAGUUUAACCAUAGGAAUACUCGUAACCAUUCUGUGCCUUAUUGUUGCUGGUUUAAUCAUGUAUCUCAAAAGGAAGACUUUGAUUAGACUGCUAUUUACAAAUAAAAAGACAACAAUAGAGAAACUAAGGUCUGUGAGUCCAGCAAGGCCUUCCAGUUCAUUUGAGCCUAAUCAUGUUCAUACCACAACUCUCAGUAAAAAUCUAGUCAUAAAGCCACAAAAUUUAAACAUACAUCAGAGAGAUGGUCCGAGAAGAUUGCUACCAUAUCAGACUAUUGACAUCAGUAACUCUGUAAAGACAUCUGAUUUACAGCGGUCAAAAACACCACAGCGAGUCCUACCACCCCUUCACCAGCUACCCUGUCCUCAAACUGUACCUGCACGACCACUGCCAGCUAACCCAUCUCUUAGGCUUGCUCAGGAAACUCUCAAACCAAACCCUCCUCAAAAGCCUUUGCCAGCAAAUCCUCUGAACAAAACUGCUCGGUUUAACAAUGCCUCCAGCCCAAUAUUUGGACAUCAGAAACUUGUGCCUCACAUUACUCCUGUAAGACCUGCACCUAAACAUCCACAAGUGCCCAGAUCCAGCAACACUGCCUAUGUGAAAUGACAAGAAAAUCUGAGACCUUUCUGAAAAAAGUGAAGACAGAAGUUUGCACUAUCUUUAAACUCCAACUAGAGUGGGUUUAAAAAAAUACCAAUACUUAGAAUUUUUAAUGUUUAAAACACCAUUGUUUUUAAGAACUCUGAGCUACUGCUUUUGGUGCUGUGCUGUGCUAUGGUGCUCAUGUACUUGCUCAGGUACUUGUAAAUUAUUAAUUUAUGAUGAAUAUUUAUUACAGUGCAGUGCACUGUAGUAGAUAUUUUUUUACCAUAGCUGAGUUUUCCUAGGAAGGAAGCCUUUUUUAUAAUAUUUCAGUGAACUUGAAACAUUCUGCUUUGUGUCUUAUGUAGAGUGUUUAGUUUUGAUCUAUUCUUUAUAGAGUACUAAUACUCAUGGAUAAAUCAAUGGAUAAACAACUCUAGUGAUCUCAAUGGUUUAUAACAAACCUGUGAAUGAUUACAUCAGGGUGAGCCAUGUUUUCUGGAAUACAGUGAAAUGCCCAAUAUCUGCACACGAAUGUAUACCGUAUCUGUUUAACCAAAAUAACUGUUACUAGUUGUACUGUAAUUUCAAGAUGCCUGGUAUCACUGUUUGAAAUUAUCAGGAAAUCUGUGCUUAAAUAGAGCAUAUUGGUUUUGGACAAAUACUGGAUAUCAUAAAAUUGUAUUUUUAGCUCAUGGUUUUAUCAAACACAACACAAUCGUUCCAUAUCAAUGCAGAUUCAGGCCUUCCAAUGUAAUUACAUUUUUUGAUGCUUUGGUAAUUAGAUAAAUUCAAUAUCCUAUAAGAUAGUGACAUCUUACUAUGCAAUAUAGCUAUACAGUCAAAUACAUUGAAAACACUAAGAUGCUAUAUUUACAAAGAAUUGUUUUAAAAAUAGAUCAUAUGCAUUUCUGCUGCCUCACUUCUGCUUAUCAACUGUAUUUUACAUAUUUACUGCUGUUUUGUAUCUAACUUCUAUCACUCCUGUAACAAAGUGUUAAAAAGAUGUACUUUAGUAUAAAGACAUGAGGUAUCUGAAAACAGACAGGAUCUUCAUAUCUCUUGAGCACCAUUCAGUGUAAAAAGAAAAGCUACUUUUGCCCUUCAUCUGUACAUUGAAUCCUCAUCAAAAAGCAGAGAUUGGAAACCAAUACCUUUCUGAUUUCUGUUUUGUAUUUCUUAAUUCACACAGCUGAAAUUGUUAGAAGAAUAUUUUUAAGUCCUACUUUAGUUCCCUCAAAUCACCAUGUGGUGGAUCAUCUCUUUUACAGUGAUAAACAAUCAAGCUACUACUGACCAUUGCUCCACAUGUGGGUUAAAUUAUAUUAGGAAAAUGGUCGUAUUGCAGCAAAGGCUCACAGUGACAGCUCCUCCCUAGCUUUUCCCACUACGCUAACCUAGCCCAACUAGUGCUGUAAACACUUUCACUGUGAGUGUAGAUGCAACAAAUUCAUUUUCAACACUGCUACUGGAAACAUGAGUGUGUGUGCAUUGUGUGAGGUCUCUUCCACACUCUUUCUGUAACACUGCUAAAAAUAGUUUGUUUCACCUACGCUAUCAACAAACUCUUCUUUUCAAUACAAGUUGAAAGGGACUAAGUGGGAGCCAUUACUAACAUUAUUGUCAGCAAUGGGUUAGUUUCAUGUUUGUUUCUUCAAGCAGAAAGAAACGUACAGAGGCCUUUGGAUCUCAUUUCAGUGAGUGUAACUCAACUUAACUUUCUCAGUCUCCACUGUAUCAAGGCAACAAUAUAGCA